AUGUGCUCCAGACAAAGCUCCGGAGGCUGCCACGGGAUGUCCUCCCAGUCCAGCGGCUGCCACGGCGGGGGCUCCUCGUGCCACGGGGGCAGCUCCUCGGGCUACCAGUCCCAAGGCUCCUCCUGCUGCUCCGGGGAGUCAGCCAAGAUCAUUGUCAGCUCUGGGGGCGGAGGAGGCGGGUCCUGCUGCAGCGGGGGCUACGGCAUGGGAGGAGGAUACGGCGGAGGGUCUUCAGGAGGGAAAGUCGUCGUUGUAGGAGGGAGCAGCGGAGGCUCCUCUGGAUGCUGCAGUGAAGGGUCCAGCGGUGGCUGUGGGGUGGGGGGAGGAUAUGGUGGUGGAUCUUCAGGAGCCAAGGUCGUAGUUGGAGGUGGAGGUUCCAGCGGAGGAUGUUCAGGCUAUGGUGGUGGAUCUUCAGGAGCCAAGGUCAUAGUUGGAGGCGGAGGUUCCAGCGGAGGAUGUUCAGGCUACGGCGGCGGAUCUUCGAAGAGCGUCGUCGUGGGGGGAGGUUCCUCUGGAUGUGGAGGAUCCAGCUAUGGAAUGGGAGGAGGAUACGGUGGUGGUUGUGGGGGUGGCUCCUCAGGGUCCAAGACCAUCAUUGUAGGCGGAGGUAGCGGAGGAUCCUGUGGUGGCUACGGCACGGGAGGAGGAUACGGUGGCGGAUAUUCGGGAUCCAAGAGCAUCAUUGGAGGCGGGAGCAGUGGAUGCUGCAGUGGGGGCUCCUCAGGCUACGGCAUGGGAGGAGGAUACGGUGGCGGAUAUUCGGGAUCCAAGAGCAUCAUUGGAGGCGGGAGCAGUGGAGGUUCCUCUGGAUGGUGCAGCGGAGGUUCCUCGGGAUACGGGAUGGGAGGAGGAUACGGUGGUGGCUGUGGUGGUGGAUCUUCAAAGAGCAUCAUUGUAGGUGGAGGCUCCUCUGGAUACUGCGGUGGAGGGUCCAGCUAUGGGAUGGGAGGAGGGUACGGUGGGGGAUCUUCAGGAUCGAAGACCAUCAUUGUAGGAGGAGGCAGUGGAGGCUCCUCUGGGUACUGUGGUGGAGGGUCCAGCGGCGGGUAUGGCAUGGGAGGAGGAUGUGGUGGGGGUUCCUCAGGAGGGAAGAUCAUCAUGGGAGGUGGAGGAUCCUCUGGAUGCUGUGGGGGAUCUGGUGGCGGCUCCUCUGGCCAGACCAUCAUCAUCAGCUCUGGAGGGUCCUCCCAGUCCUCCCAGCAGAAGUGCCCCAUCGCCAUCCCCAGCGUCGUGUCCCACCAGGCCAAGCAGAGCUGCUACUUCCCCUCUGGCCAGAAGUAA